GCGCGCGGGCCAGAAGGACCCUCAGCCUGCCCCGCCGGUGCGCCGGGCGGGGUCCCGGCAGGCGGGGUCACCGAGCCCGUUGCUGCUGCGGCUUCGCUGGCCGCACGAGGGCCGCAAGGCUCCCUGCGCGGCUCCCGGCCGCCCGCCACCGGGAGUCUCGUCCCGCAGCUGCCUGUGGCUUCGCUUCCCGGGGAGCCGGCACGCGGGGCCCACGCCCCGCACGAGGCCCGCGCCGCGCCCCGCACCCCGGUUCCCGCACACGGGCCGCGCCGCGCCCCGCAACCGCAGGGACGCUCCGCGUUGCUCCAGUGGAGCUACAAUUAGAACAAGCCCCGCAAGCGCUGCCGCACCGGUCAGCGGCGACGACCCGCCUGGGGCGGGUCCGCUGCCCAGUUCCGCGGCAUGCGGCCUGCUGCGCUGCCCGGGCGGCUGUGGGGAGCCGGGCCGGGUCCCCCCGCCCCCGCCCUCAGGGGCCCAACUCGCGCCGUCGAACGCCGCGUGCCUCCUCAGACACCGUCUCCCCCACGACGCGCCCGGCCCACGCCUCCCGCCGCAGGCCCCAGCUCGGCUUUGUCGCCCCCCACCCGCCUCCCGGCGCCAUCUUAACUGCUGGCGGCCCCGCGCCCUCCAGCCCCUGCGGCCAGCGGCGGGGGCGGCCGAGGCGGAAGAAGAAGCCCCCGCCGGACCUACGGCGCCAGCAAAGGUGCCGGCCGGGGCGGGGGCCGGCUCGCACCCCCCUCCCAUGCGGAGCCGCCGCCCGCCCGGCGCGAGCCCCCCGUGCCCUUCCCCAACAUGGCCCCGCCCGGCUCGGUUUACCGCCCGCGUGCCAGCGGCCGCGUCGCUCGCGGUGACGUCAUCUCGCAGCGCCUCGGCCGUUGCCAUCGGGACCGCGGAGCGGGCGGCGGGAGUGUCUCGGUCCGCGGCCCCGCUCGCCGCCAUGUUCGCGGACUGGACGGCGCCCGGCGCCGACGUGCAGUCGCUGUGGAGGAGCGACCGGAGCGCGCGCUGCCAGGCGAAAAGCUGCCAGACUGGGAAGGUUUCAACGGUUGAAACUGCAGCACAAUCUCAUACUAGCCAAGAUGCCAGUGUGCAGACUGAUCAAAGUAAAGAUGCUGUCCCAGACUUCCAGCAAGAAGUCCAAGUAGAUCACACCAGCCUUCUGUCAUUCCUUCAGAGCGUGGAGGAUGCUGUUAUCAAAGAGCUAAAUAAAAACUGGAAAAGCCGUGCCUUUGAUGGCUUUGAAGUGAACUGGACAGAUCAGAAUGAAACAGUGUUGUGUUUGCAUACGUUGUCAUACCCGGAGGCUCAGGAUCAAAACCUACAGGUUACCAGCGUCUCAUGGAACGCAACUGGAUCCGUUGUUGCAUGUUCAUAUGGCCGGUUGGAUGGUGGGGACUGGAGCACAGAAAAAUCCUACGUUUGCACCUGGAAUCUGGACAGAAGAGGGUUGAAUCCGCAGCGCCCUGACCUAGUGCUGGAUGUUCCCAGUUCUGUCAUGUGCUUGGCUUUCCACCCGUCCCAGCCAUCACUGAUAGCUGGUGGCCUUUUCAGUGGGGAGCUGCUGGUGUGGGAUACCAGCAGAACAGAAGAUGCUGUGAUCUGGAGGACCGGGAUGACAGAUGACACUCACAUGGACCCAGUGUAUCAGGUUAACUGGAUAUCUGGCGCCAAGCAUGGAGAGCGUUCCCGGCUGCUGAGCGUGUCGACGGACGGAAGGAUCCUGGUGUGGAGGGAGGAGCAGGAUGGUCGGCUGGCCCUGGCUGAUGGGUUUGCUGUGGUGGCUCAGCAGAUCCCUCGCAGCACUUGGCUGAAGAAGUUUCCCCGGGGAGAGGUGGCCGUGGGUGUGACCUCGCUCUCUUUCUCACACUUUGAUCCCUGCUUGUUCGUCGUCGGUGUGGAAGGCGGCUACUCGCUGAAGUGCUCCAUGGCAGCAGAGACGCUGGCUCUCCAUCGGGCAGGCGGUUCUGUCCCGCUCAGGGCGCCGGCGGAGCUCGCCUUCUCCCCGCACGGGGGGCCAGUGUACUCCGUGAGCUGCUCACCCUUCCACAGGAACCUCUUCCUGAGCUGUGGGACUGACGGACAAGUUCACCUCCACUCCAUGCUGCAGGCACAACCCCUCCUUUCCCUGCAGUUAUCAAAGAAAUACCUCUUCUGUGUACGCUGGUCUCCAGUUCGGCCACUGGUCUUUGCAGCUGCAUCUGGGGAAGGAGAUGUGCACCUGUUGGACUUUGAGAAGAGCUUGCAGAAGCCUGCCCUUUCCAUAAAGCAGGGGGAAUGCCCUGUGUACUGCUUGGAAUUUAACAUCAAGCAAACGCAGCUCUUAGCAGCAGGGGAUGCCACCGGUACAGUCAAAGUCUGGCAGCUCAGCUCUGACCUCACCGAGCCGGGACCCAGGGAACAGAGUUGCCUGGAGCAGCUGGCCAGCCAGCUCACGGACUGAGGCAGCAGCACAACCAGCUGCAUGAAGCUUGUCACUGCUCUUGAAACACCCAGCUCCAACGGCUGGAGUUUCAUCCGCACAACAGUUCCAUUUGCAUUUAGCCAUUAAAUGCAAGAUGAUGUGGUU